AACGGUCGACCGUUUAGCGCGACGGUCGACCUUGAUCUUCAUCUGGUCGGAUUUGACGGAUCACCGUGACGGUCGACCGUUGUUGACUGUCGUGGUCCGUUUCGAUGUUUAACGUGACAGUCGACCGUUUGCGUCGACCAUUUGGGUCUGCGAAUCUUUCUCUUGAUAUUUUGAGUGUCCAAAAAUACUUCUUUAAGUCUUUUAAACACCUUUGAUUAAUAUAUACAUAUUUUUGGGUUGAUUACAAAUGUUUAUAUAUACUUAUGUAUAUAUAUAUAUAUAUAUAUAUAUAUAUAUUAACUUUAUGAUUUUGGUGUAUUAUGGUCUUAACAUAAGGAUGACUUAUAUAUGCGUCACAUAUAUAUUUUGGAAUGAUUUCAACAAAUGGAUUAACAUAUAUGUUCAUGUACGCAUGUGAUGAAUGAUUCGACAAGCCUAACGCAAAGGUACAGACCUGGAAAUCAUUGGCCGAAACCUUACGGAUGAGCGGGAGUGGAAACAACAUCGAAAUUCACCAACUUUGUCAUUCUCGUCACAAUUGGACAGCCUGCGGUAUUUUGGGCAUAUCUCCAUCGUUUCUUCACGGAAUUGCAAACCGUUUGAUUCUGUGGAUUCCUAGGAUGUAUAUAGAAAGUGUUUUGAGAUAAUGAAUUUAAAAUAGCUUAAAUUGGACCUGAAGUUAGGAGAAAGUUGCAGUCCAAAAUUUUGAAUACUCUGGUGAACAACGGUUCUGACGAUUAACCCAUUAACUUCAAUAUUCCAACACCGAACCUUCUCUACGAUACCUUCCGGAUGUUCCUAAUAAUUGUUAGAGAGUUUAUGAUGAGUAUUUGGAAUGGAACAACAUGAAUAUGGUGAAGAAACAUGGUCCAACCCGAGGAGCUCGCCACCACUGGCGCAGUCCCGGAAUUUUGGCCAUAUCUUCUUCGUUACUUAAUGAAAUCGCGAGCCGUUUGUUGGGCUGGAUUCGUAUCGUCCGGGGCUACAACUUUGGUUCAAGAAGUUUUUCGAAAUAAUGGAUGGAAAAUUUCAGUUUUUACCUCAAAGUGGACUGAUGUAUUUUGGACUCAAGGUUUGGAAACUAUGGAUGGUUUUCUUGCUUCUUCUCCUUCUUCCUUAGCAUACAAUUAUGGAGCAUUGAUGUUUUCUUCUCCUUCUUUGGGCUGCCGACAGAGAGAGAAUGAGGAGGAGAUGGCUUUAGAAAACGUUGACCGCAAUGAAGAUGAGCUUGUUGAAGAUGAAGAAAUGCAUGGAGACGAGGAUGAGUUUGAUGCUGACGAGAACAAACAUAGGAAAAGAAUGGGGCAGCAGACGCUGAUCUAUAGCUUCGUGGCGCAAGGGACAGCGAUUCUGGCGGACUACACGGAGUUCACCGGCAAUUUCACCGGCGUCGCCGCCCAAUGCCUCCAGAAACUUCCCGCUUCAAGCAAUAGAUUCACCUACAAUUGCGAUGACCACACCUUCAACUACCUCGUGGAAAACGGUUUCACCUACUGUGUUGUUGCUGCUGAGUCUGCUGGAAGGCAAAUUCCAAUUGCUUUCUUAGAGCGUGUAAAGGAUGAUUUCUACAAGAAAUAUGGUAAAGGGAAAGGUGCUACUGCAGGUGCCAAUAGCCUGAAAAAGGAAUAUGGGCCAAAACUGAAAGAGCACAUGAGGUAUUGUGCUGAACAUCCAGAGGAAAUGAGCAAAAUUGCAAAGGUUAAGGCUCAGGUUAAUGAAGUUAAAGGAGUGAUGAUGGGAAAUAUCGAGAAGGUUCUGGACCGUGGUGAGAAGAUUGAGCUUUUAGUAGAUAAAACUGACAACCUACGAUCGCAGGCACAGGAUUUCCGGAAGCAAGGGACCAAGAUGAAGAGGAAGAUGUGGUUUGAAAACAUGAAGAUAAAAUUGGUUGUGGCGGGUAUUUUUGCACUCUUGAUUCUCAUGAUCAUCCUGUCCGUCUGUCCUCAUUUCAACUGCUAGUUGCAUUGCGGGCGAAGGUCGUCCGGCUUAACCCAUUUCCUGCAAAGCGGUUCCCUUAAUAAGCAUAUGGUUGAUUGAUUCAUGCAUGGUGUUCUUGGUACGCGGUUCUUUGCCCAAUAUACAUGACCACAUAUA